UGGCGGCCGGGUAGACACACACACACACUCACCGACUCCUCGUCCUCCAGCAGCCGGCUCUCCCCUCCGGUUCUCCGGGGCAGUUUCCCUCUCACACCGCGGCGGAGCCUCACACCCGGAGCGGACUCACGGGCUCCAGCCGGACGCGGACCCGUCCUUGGACCUCUGCUGCCCGGGACUUCCCUUCUCCUGCUCCCGGAGAGAGAGGGAGGACAACAUGGAUGAGCAGCCCGGCGGAGGAGGGGUCGGAGCGGGCUCUCUGAGGCAGCCUCCCCCGGCGCAGCAGCAGCUCCAGCCCGGGGGCAGCGGCGGAGGCAGCAGCGGGGGAGGAGGCGUCAUGGUCCCGCACCAGCCGGACGAGCUGCCCCGGCCCCAGCAGCAGUACACCAUCCCCGGCAUCCUGCACUACAUCCAGCACGAGUGGGCCCGCUUCGAGAUGGAGAGGGCGCACUGGGAGGUGGAGAGGGCCGAGCUCCAGGCCAGGAUAGCGUUCCUCCAGGGAGAGAGGAAAGGUCAGGAGAACCUGAAGAACGACCUGGUGAGAAGAAUCAAAAUGUUAGAAUACGCCCUCAAGCAAGAAAGAGCAAAAUAUCACAAGUUAAAAUACGGAACGGAGUUGAACCAGGGGGACAUGAAGAUGCCCAGCUUUGAAUCCGACACCAAAGACUCGGAGGUCUCAGCGGUUCCUGCCAACAGUCAGCUCACCUGGAAACAAGGCCGGCAGCUCCUCCGACAGUACCUGCAGGAAGUGGGCUACACAGACACCAUCCUGGACGUCCGCACUCAGAGGGUUCGCUCUCUGCUCGGCCUCUCGGGCUCCGAGCAGAACGGGUCGGUGGAGAACAAGAACCUGCAGCACCUGAUCAACGGGACGGAGCGGCGCCGGGACAGCAAGAGGAGUCCAGGUGAUGUCCUGGAGACGUUUAACUUCCUGGAGAACGCAGAGGACAGCGACGAGGACGAGGACGAGGAGGGAGACCUGAUGGACGACAUCAGUCCAGACAAGCACCAUCGAGCCAAGAAGCACAAGACCAAGGUGGGGAACGAGGGGCUGGCGUCGGAGGAGGACGCCGACACGGAGGAGGCGCUGAAGGAGUUUGACUUCCUGGUGACGGCAGAGGACGGCGAGGGAGCUGGCGAAGCUCGGAGCUCUGGAGACGGAACCGAGUGGUCGGAGCCUCUCCCGUUUCCUACUGGGGGGGGGAAGUCCUUCCUGAUGGGGGGGUCGGACGACGUGCUGGAGAGCGUGCUGGGCCUGGGCGACCUCGCUGACCUCACCGUCACCAACGACGAGACGGACUACAGCUACGACCUGCCGACCAAUAAGGACUCUUCGUUCAGGAAGACCUGGAACCCCAAGUACACGCUGCGGAGCCACUUCGAUGGCGUGCGGGCGCUGGCCUUCCACCCGGUGGAGCCCUGCCUGGUCACCGUGUCCGAGGACCACACCCUGAAGCUGUGGAACCUCACCAAGACCGUGCCCGCCAAAAAAAGUGCCUCGUUCGAUGUGGAGCCCGUCUACACGUUCAGAGCUCAUGUGGGUCCCGUGCUGUCGCUGGCGAUGACCUCCAGUGGAGAGCAGUGUUUCAGUGGAGGCAUCGACGCCACCAUCCAGUGGUGGAACAUCCCCAGCUCCAACGUGGACCCGUACGACACCUACGAUCCCAGCGUUCUCGCCGGGUCGUGGGUGGGGCAUACAGACGCUGUGUGGGGAUUGGCUUACAGCGGAAUCAAGAACCGCCUCCUCUCCUGCUCGGCAGACGGAACGGUGAAGCUGUGGAACCCGACGGAGAAGAACCCCUGCAUCUGCACUUUCAACUCCAACCAGGAACACGGGAUCCCCACUUCAGUGGACUUCAACGGCUGUGACCCCGCCCACAUGGUGGCGUCCUUCAACAGUGGAGACGUGGUGGUGUACGACCUGGAGACGUCCCAGCAGGCACUGGUGCUGAAGGGUCAGGGGGACAGCUCCGUCCCGGGUUCGAAUCAUAUCAACAAGGUGGUGAGUCAUCCCACGCUGCCGGCGACCAUCACCGCCCACGAGGACCGACAAAUCAAGUUCUACGACAACAAGUCAGGUAAAGUGAUCCACGCCAUGGUGGCCCACCUGGAUGCAGUGACCAGUCUGGCGGUGGAUCCUAACGGGAUCUACCUGAUGUCUGGCAGUCACGACUGCUCGCUGCGUCUCUGGAACCUCGACAGUAAAACGUGCGUCCAGGAGAUCACCGCCCACCGGAAGAAGAGCGAGGAGGCCAUCUACGACGUGGCCUUCCAUCCCUCCAAGGCCUUCAUCGCCUCCGCCGGGGCCGACGCCCUCGCCAGGGUCUACGUGUAGAGGAGGAGGAGGAGAGGGAGCAGACGCACACCGUGGGCGAGAGACUCAGACACACAGAGAGAGAGAGAGAGAGAGACAGGCUGUUCACACUAAAAGGAUUCAGGUCUGUUCAGGUCUCUGAACACAGAAUAUAUAUUAAAGACUGGAGGUGACGAGCAUCUGGACACACACACACUCAGACACACACAGAGAC